CUUUCUUCUAUAUAGUUGAGCUCCUGAUUAUUCUCUGACCAAGCUGCUUCUUCUCUUCUCAUUUGCUCAAUCGCUCCCUAUCUCAAUCUUAAUAUUCUGCGUUGGACGACGUUGUAAUGGAUUCUCAGGACAUCAGGUACCGUGGCGGAGACGACAGAGACGCUGCAACCACCGCUAUGGCCGAGACGGACAGGAAACACGCUGACGACAACAACAACAACAACAAAGGCAAACGCGAUCAAAAGAGGGCGAUGGCCAAACGCGGUCUUAAAUCGCUUACGGUGGCGGUUGCGGCUCCUGUGCUCGUGAUGCUCUUCGAAACGUAUUUCCUCGGCGGCUACGGCAAUCGUGCACGUUCCUCGUCGUGGAUCCCGCCUCCGUGGGUCCUACACGCGACUCGUCUGGCGUCGAGCGGUCUGAUGGGCUUGGCUGCGUGGCUCGUAUGGGUGGACGGUGGAUUCCACAAGAAGCCGAAUGCUCUGUAUCUUUACUUGGCUCAGUUUACGCUUUGUUUGCUUUGGGGUCCGGUUACUUUUGUGCUCGGGUCAGGAUUAGCCGGGCUUGUGGUGUGGUUGGGUCAAUCUGCGGCCUUGUUCAGAUGCUACAAGGCCUUUAAUGAGAUCAGUCCGGUCGCUGGUAAUCUAGUAAAGCUGUGUUUGGCUUUUACUGCGUUCGUUGCUGCCGUGAAUGUAAAGCUUGCAAUCGCCUGAGAUAUUAUGAUGUUAUAAGCCAACAAUGACGUGAUGGUCUUUGAAAAUUCGACGUUGUAGUCUCAGUAAUCAAGUGUGUGUUUUUACGAGUGUUUUGUAAUAUAACACUAAAUAAAUAAACAAGUUGUGACCUUCCUACAACUUUAAACCCAA